CCUAUUGGCUAUUAAUAUUAUUGAUUGGUAGGUUUCGUAGGGGUCUUAAAUUCUCUUCUAAUUCCAAACCCUGAAUUUCCCUUCUUCCAAAUUCAACACUUCAUUCACUCGGCGACGUCAAGCACUUAAAGGUUGUAGCUUAGAGAAGUGUACUUUUCUACGAGCUAAAUACCAACCCGAGGUUUGAAGAUGGAAAUUGUUCCAAGGGAGGGUGAAAGUGCUUUGUCAGGUCCAAGGCCAAUGGAAUGGUCCACUGUUCCGUAUGCUCCUCAAGGACCAGACAGAAAUGGAAACAAACGUACGUCAAGUCUCGAAUCACCAAUAAUGUUGCUUACCGGACAUCAGAGUUCUAUAUAUACCGUGAAGUUCAAUCCAGCUGGGACUGUUGUUGCAUCUGGAUCGCAUGACAGGGAAAUUUUUCUGUGGAAUGUCCAUGGAGACUGCAAAAACUUCAUGGUUCUCAAAGGGCACAAGAAUGCAAUUUUGGAUCUUCAUUGGACCACUGAUGGAUCCCAGAUAGUAUCAGCUAGCCCGGACAAAACUUUGAGAGCAUGGGAUGUUGAAACAGGGAAACAAAUCAAAAAGAUGGCAGAACAUUCUUCUUUUGUGAAUUCAUGUUGUCCAUCACGGAGAGGGCCACCUCUCGUUGUUAGUGGAUCUGAUGACGGAACUGCCAAACUUUGGGAUAUGCGUCAGAGAGGUGCCAUCCAAACAUUUCCUGAUAAAUACCAAAUUACAGCCGUCAGUUUCUCCGAUGCAUCAGAUAAGAUCUUCACCGGUGGCAUUGACAAUGAUAUUAAGGUUUGGGACUUACGUAAAGGUGAAGUAACAAUGACACUUCAAGGUCAUCAAGACAUGAUAACAGGUAUGAGUUUGAGUCCCGAUGGUUCCUACCUUCUCACCAAUGGUAUGGAUUGCAAACUCUGCAUAUGGGAUAUGCGCCCUUAUGCACCACAGAAUCGUUGCGUAAAGAUUUUCGAAGGCCACCAACACAAUUUCGAAAAGAACUUGUUGAAAUGUGGCUGGUCACCAGAUGGAAGCAAGGUCACAGCCGGUAGUUCAGAUAGAAUGGUCUACAUAUGGGAUACAACAUCUCGACGCAUCUUGUACAAGCUUCCUGGCCACACAGGAUCUGUGAAUGAAUCUGUAUUCCAUCCUAAUGAACCGAUCAUUGGUUCUUGUAGCAGCGACAAACAGAUAUAUCUGGGGGAGAUAUGAACUGUGCUCGUUUCUGCCUUGUUAGUGAUUGCUAGACUAAUCUUAGAGAUCUUAUUGCCCUAAGUAGACCUUUGAAAAAGUUGUAUUUUGUCUCUGUAGUUUUAAAACUGAGAACAUGACAUCUUUAUUGAUAAUGUAAUGAAUUUUGUUCAAAAUUAUUACAUUUAGAAA